GAGAGAGCUUCAUCUGAGCGCGUGCAGAAGAGACUGAGAAGUCAGACAGAGCUGAGCAGGAAUCAGAGCGUCUCCCUACAGAGGACAAGGACAGCUGGACGGAUCACUUUCAACAUCAGGAAGAAGCUUCAGCCUGAAGACCUGCAGGUUUGAGUCUCCAUGGGGAGUGAAACGAUUGCUCUACUGAGCAUCUGUCUCAGUGCGUGUCUGGCAUUCAAUGUGGACACUUCGUUUCCGGUGCUGAAGACAGUAGAGGGCAAGAGUUUGUUUGGAUUCUCUGUUGCUCUGCAUGAGGAUCUGGAGACGGGGGACUACCUGCUAUUGGUCGGCGCUCCCAGGGAGAAGGCGGAGUCUAACGUUCCAGCCAAUCGAACCGGAGGAGUUUACACUUGCCCAGUGACAGCUAAACAGUCAGACUGCAGAAGGAUAAAGCUCAUAGAUCCAUCGAACCUGACCCCGUCUGAAGACCUGGUCGAGGACAUGUGGUUGGGCGUCUCAGUAGCCAGUCAGGGCAGACCUGGAGGGAGGAUCCUGGCCUGCGGUCAUCGGUUUAUUAAGGUUCACCUUGGACAGAGGUGGAUGACUGGCCACUGUUAUCUCCAUAGAAAUGCACAGCACCAAGAAGAGGAUCUAAACUGGCAGAACAUACAGCAGCAGCAUUGCGAUUACAGGCUGGAUCAUCUCAAAGAGGGAAUGUGUACUUUUGGGAUUUCUGCUUCCAUCACACAGAGCGACGUCAUCCUCGGCUCUCCUGGGAGCUACGAAUGGCAGGGAAAUGUCCAAGCCUUCUGGAUGAACCCAAAUGUGACAUACGAUUGGAAAAGGAACUUCUUUGAAAAAAAGGAUGCAAGUCGUAGGAACAUUUAUUUAGGGUAUUCUGUCUUGCAGGCCUAUCAUUUACUUUCUGCAAAGGAUCAAACCAUCAUAGCAGGGGCUCCUAGAGAUAAUAAAAUGGAUGCUCGUGGUUCUGUGAUGCUGAUUGUUAAGGAGUCUACUGAUCUGGUGAUUCAGAAGACUCUACGAGGUCAACAGGUUGGAUCGUACUUCGGUAAUGCAGUGGUAGCCGUGGACCUGAACAGUGAUGGCUGGAACGACCUGCUAGUGGGUGCUCCUUUUUACUUCAACCGUCAGCUGGAGGUGGGUGGGGCAGUUUACGUUUACAUGAAUGGAGGGGGGAGGUUCCCCUCUGAACCCAGCAUGGUUCUGACAGGUCCAGUUGGAUCUGCUUUUGGAAUGGCUAUUGCUGCUGCAGGAGACCUCGACCAAGACGGCUUUCAGGACUUUGCAGUGGGAGCUCCUUUCCAUGAUGCAGGACUUGUAAUGAUCUGGACCGGAAGCAGAGAGGGUGUUUCUGCAGAACCAAGUCAGGUGAUCCAUGGCAGCACUGUGUUUCCUGGUUUCCGGACCUUCGGGUACUCCCUGGCCGCAGGUGUGGAUGUUGAUGGGAAUGAUUAUCCAGACCUGUUGGUGGGCUCUCUGGAUGACAAAAUCGUCCUCCUCAGGUCUCGCCCUGUCGUCCAGCUAAAUAACACACUCAGAGUUUCUCCGGAUAUCGUCGACCUAAAAGACUGUAACUUCUGCAUCCAGGUGGAGGUGUGUUUCUCCUUCAAGGUCCACGCUGGAAAAAACUUAAGCAUCAUCUCUGUCAACCUUACCGUGAGUGCUGAUGUCACCAGCCUCACGCCCCGCCUCCGUUUCCAGAACAACGGAGAAAGCAUGUUCUCCAGUAUCCUGUCAGUAAGGAACGGAAAGUGUAAAACCUUAAGAGUUGGACUGCUGAGUAACAUCCGAAACGUGGUGGAACCUCUGGUGUUCUCCACCAGUGUCUCUCUGGAUCAAAACCUUCCCAACAGGAGCAACACAGUUCAAGACCUUAGACGCUUCCCCGUUCUCAGCCGGAAACCUCAACCCACCAGAACCCAGAUCCACUUUCAAAAGGCCUGCGGUUCUGAUAAUGUCUGUCAGAGUAACCUUCACAUGGUGGCCCAGUUCACAGAUGAGAACAACGAACCCUUCCCCAAGCAUAAUGGCAGCCAGCUGCUGAACUACACCAGCAGCAUCAGGAGGUUACUUCUGGAGGUCAAUGUCAGCAACAUCGCGUCACGAGGUCGACUAGCAGAGGACGCUCAUGACACUGUGCUCAACGUCAGCAUCCCACCUUCACUCAUUUACUCCGGAGUCCAAGCAAGUGACGAUGGAGCUUUGUCAGGAGCUGUUGUUUGUACUGUUGAAGGUGACACCCUUCUCUGCCCACUUGGAAAUCCCUUCAGAAGUAACCAGAAGGUCCAGGUGUUCAUUAAAUUCGAGCCAUCUGAGAUGGCUUUGGACACCAGAGAGAUCCAGUCUCAGCUGCUGCUCUCCACGCUCAGUGAGCAGUCAAACUUGUCUCCGGUCUCUGUCACCUUGCUGGUGGAGUAUUCUCUGCAGGCGGCUAUUACUUCACUCCCACUGGAUCCGAUCUUCUUCAGUGGUAAAGUGAUGGGUGAGCGGGCCAUGAAGACCACGAAGGACGUCGGCAGUCUGGUGGUUUUCACCAUUCAGGUUCACAUUCUGGGGAAGCCGCUGGGUCACCUUGGCAACCUGGAGGUGGAGUUUGAUUGGCCGAAAGAGGUGGCGAAUGGAAAAUGGCUUCUGUAUCUGACAGAGAUCCAUUUGGACGGCACUUCAAAUCCUCGAUGCGUCGACGAAGACAUCAUCAACCCUUUAAACCUCCUGAUGUCCGAUGAGCAGAAAAUGAAAAGGAGUCUGAAGAUGGACAAAGAGGAGAAGAAGCAAAAUCAGGAAGGGAAAACUCUCCCUGUCCUCGGCUUUAAGAAACAGAGGAAGACCUUAAAAUUGAGCUGCAGCAGCGGGGCGAGAUGCGUGAAAUUCUCAUGUCCUCUGCUCAACGUGACCAACGUUGCAACCCUGACAGUGAGGAGUCGACUGUGGAACUCCACUAUGAUCGAGGACUACAGCGAUGUGAGCAGUGUGUCAGUUCAAGGCUUGGCCACUCUGAAGCUGAGGACCACCAAGAGCACCAUCAGCAUGAAGUCCUCCCCCUCAGUGAUCCAGGUCCACAUUUACCCAGAGUCUGGACUGCUGCAGGACUCCGGCGCACCCCUGUGGAUCAUAGUGGUGUCAGUCUUGGCUGGGGUGCUGCUGCUGGCUCUAAUAUGUCUACUGCUUUGGAAGUGUCAGUUCUUUGUACGUCAGGAGGCAUGGCAGACUGCAGUGCUCCAGCAGAAAGGGAUCAUGGGUGACGGCGAGAAGAUGCAGCAGCAUGUGGAUGAUGAUGGUUUCCUGAUCCAGGAUCUGGUGACCAGGACCCAGAACAGAAAAGGCCAAAAACACUGGAUCACUAUUUGGACUGAAAAUCACUGAGAGACUUCUGGUAUCCAUGGAAACUGAUCCUGAAUUAUACCAAAAAAGAACUGAACCGGACCAAAUCAGAUUAACACUGCCAGUCCGCCGUCAUGUGCUGCACCCGUUUACCCAGAGGUCAUUCAGAGGUGGAGCUGUGAGCUUUUUAAAAUUUUCUAUUGGUCAGACUUUUAUUAAUCUGUGUUUUUUUUUUGGACAUCAUUGAUUUCAUACUAUUUAUUCAGAUUUUGGUAGCUAUUGUGAGACUGACUAACAAGAAUUCCUAUUAAAUUUAAGGGCUACAUUAUAAACCAGUGGAAUGCUAAUUUAAAUACCAAAUAUUACCACAGAAUCAGCUUUUCCUUCCAUUCUGAGUUCAUCAUGUAUCUGUAUAUUUUUCUUUUAUGCUGCCUGGUCCAGUGCUGUUAGUGUUGUAGAUAUGGGUGUACAGUUUUAUAAUUUUUGGACUCCCUCUGAAAGCAGCUCCUGUCAUUGCGUCAAAGCAUUCACCGCAGUGUAAAUGGAUGUGCUGUCUGUAUGUUGAUGAUAUUAAGUAUUUUGUAUAGAUGUGCUGAAUGUGUGUUGAUGUUAAUAAACUAUUUCAUAUGGAUGUGCUGUAUGCUGAUGAUAUUAAAGUAUUUAAUUUGA